CCCCCUCCCCACAUGAAGCUUCAUCUUCGGCGCCUCAAAACUUCGUGCCAACGAUGUCCCUAUUAAUCCAAUUCCUCAGCCAGAUCCGCACAUUCGUCCGUGCUCAGAACAUUGACGAGCUCCGGAACUGGCUCCUCGUUGAGCCCAACGCAAACCAGCAAUAUCACGCCCUCGCGAAUGAGCUACGGACGCAGUUUCGCUCAUCACGGCAUGGCGCCAACGGAACAAGCAGCACAGCCCUUGAGAGCACGAUCGAGAAAUGCCUCCCCGAAGAGGACGACGUGCCCGAGGGCCAGGGCUCGCCGUGGCCGGGCUUUGUGACUUUCAUGAAGGACUACAUGGUCUUCUGGCGCGACGUCGACUAUGAUGACCUUUUGGGCGCGCAUACGCUGCUCAGCGGGCUGGUGAACUCCUGCAGUACCGCCUUUGCCCAUCCUACAUAUGGAGGCAUGCUCCUCAAGACGGCAAUGUCUCUCUGCGAGUCUCUCUCGCGUUUGACAAUGAUGCUGUCAAAGCGUCCUGACCUCACGCGCAACAUCCGCAACGUCGACGCCGACGACCGCAAGUCGAUUGCCGAAUCUUCGGCGGAGAUCAUCCAAAAGAUCUUUACCACCUGCCUAACGGACCGCUCCAGCGCGCGGUACAGCAAGCCGGAAGGCAAGAAGGUUGGCGUUUACAUGUUUGCCAACCUAGUGCUAAAGCUUCUCUUCGCCUGCCGGAGAACGCAUCUAGCGAAACAAAUAUUCACAAACAUCUCCACCAACUCGCCACCACUAUCAUUCUACCCAGCGUCACAGCGCGUCAACUUCCUCUACUACCUAGGCCGCUUCAACCUCGCAAACUGCCACUUCCUCCGCGCGGCGCUCUGCCUCGAAGAAGCGUACCUUCAGAUCCCACCACCCCUCACAUCUCAUCGCGCCCUGGUACUCAGCUACCUUGUCCCCUGCAACUUCUUGCUGGGCCGUCUACCCUCCCAGCUCCUGCUCUCUCGUCCAGAAGCAUCCUCGCUGGUACCCGUUUACCAACCACUGAUCCAAGCGAUCCGAAAGGGCGACUUUGUCCUCUUCCAACACACGCUAGCCCAGCACGAAAAGUACCUCUUCGACAAGGGUCUCCUCCUCGUCCUCACCCACCGCCUCCGGCCUCUGCUAUGGCGCUCCCUCUCCCGCAGGACGUUCCUCCUCACCUACGCCCCGGGCCAAGACGACGCCAACCCCUCCAACACGAACCGCCGCGCCGCAACAAUGGACCUCGCAGACCUCCACGCGACAUCUCAGUACCUCCAGCACCGACUCGAAGGCUACAUCCCCUCCAAAUCGCCCUCCUCCUUCGCACCGUCUACAGCGUCCCCCGCCUUCCUCAGAGCAGUAAGCCACGACGCGGCCUCGACGCUCGUCCCGCCACCCGGCGGAACCAAGAAGCUGCGCCCCAACGAGGGACUGGUCUGGGGCAACUCCCCAGUCGAGAUGGACGACGUGGAGAUGAACGUAUCGGUGCUGAUCCAGCUCGGUUUCAUGCACGGCUUCAUUGCGCAUUCGCAGGGGAGGUUCGCCGUCAUGGGCGCCACGAAGAAGAGCCCCGUGUUGGCUGGGUGGCCGACGCCGUGGACGGCUAUUCGGGAGAGGCAGUACGAAGAGGACCUGGACUUGGAUCAUGUGCCUGGGUGGGUGAAGGGUUGAGCGAAGCAAUCAUUGCAGGACUAUCUCAAGUGGCGAGCUUGAAAGCGCUUUUGGGGAGAAUCAUGGUUUCUAUAUAGAUGCUGGAGCUUACCGAUUCAUGGAAAAGGAAGAAAUGAUACCCUAUUCGCAUCUAAGCCCCGCAUGUUGACUAGAUUAUUUUCGGUGUGGUCUGCUCAAGACGCACUCGUGGAAUUGACCAGUCGGGCAAGGUGUGAAAUCCUGGAACUGAUGGUCUAAUUCUACGCAAACAGUAAAUGAUGAGGACUUGUGUUAGGUCACCGCGCGAAGUUCCCGUCUACUGGGGCUGGUAUCGCCAAUGUCAGAUAGCGCUUUCUCCUCGUCUUCACGUCAAUCAGGGUGUCUUGACCGAGGUGGGGCGGCAGGCCAAGAUCAAUAUCAACACCAUCAACCACGCAGGCAAAAAAAGGAUGG